AGGGUGCCAAGAUGCUCCUAUAUAAUGAAGAAGCUAAGUGAUUCUCGUCAGUGCAGCCAGUUUCGGUCUACUGCCAGGAUGGGACUAAAGGCAUUUGCCAUUUUGUCCGUGAUCCUUGCCAUCGCAAGUGCUGCUCCAUCUGCUAAACCAGGCUAUCACUCUUACGCCUAUGGCAACAGUGGGGGCAGUAUUUCCCCCCCGGCACCUCCCCACGGCUAUGGCCCGCCCCCCUCUCCCUAUAUAUAUCCUCACGGACAUGCACCCAAUGACCAUGUAGUUCUAUUCAAACCCCAUCCGCCCUUGGCACCCCUGCACGGUUUAUUCCACCCUCAUCAUUUCAUACACUUUCCACCUCAUUCUCCUUACCCUUCACAUGUGAUACCCUUACCCCAUGCUCCUUAUCCCCCGCAUGGGAUAAAUUUACCUCACGUACACUAUCCUCCAGCUGUGGUGCCCCAUAUUCCUUACUCACCACCUGCGGCGCACCCGCCCAGCAUACAAGUGCACUCACCUUUCCCUCCACACAUAAUACAUGGCCAACCUCUGCCUCAUCCACCAUACGUUCCUUAUGCUCAUCCGUGGAGUCACGUGAUUCAGCCUGCGCCUCUUGCUCAUCCGCCUGUAAUGCAAAUACCUCAUCCUGAACCACAGUCGUAUCCACAAUUUCACUUUCAUCCUCCCGCGGUGCAACCUCCACCACAUGCGCAACCUUCGCCACCUGUAGUGCAACCUCCACCACCUAUGGUGCAUCUUCUUCCACCAAUGAUGCAUCUUCCACCACCGGUAAUUGAGCCUCCAUCACCUGUAAUGCAGCCUCCACCACCGAUGAUACAUUUUCCACCACCUGUAAUGCAGCCUCAAUCAUCUGUAAUGCAACCUCCACCACCUAUGAUACAUCUUCCACCACCUGCAGUGCAGCCUCAACCACCCAUGAUACACUAUCCAUCACCUGUGGUACACUUUCCAACACCUCCUGCACCCGCUCCACCCGCUCCCCCCGCUCCGCCUGCACCUAGCUUUUCCUUUCCUCCACCACCAAGUUUUUCCUUUCCUCCACCACCUAGCUACUCCUUUCCUCCCCCACCUAGUUUUUCCCUUCCUCCACCACCCUCGUCUUACUCUAACACCUUCCACCUUCCCCCGUCGCCCUCUUACAACGCCCAGGGAUCCACGUCUUACUUCUUACUGAUGCCGGAGAACCAUAACAUGCCCGAAGAACCAAGUUCUCCGGCAGGGUACGGGCAAGGGAAUAGCUACGCGGAGGAAGCUGGAAAUGACUACAUGGAUGAGGUUGACUACGAGAGUCCUUCAGAUUUUGGACCCCCACCUGAAUAAGAGGAAGAUAUAGUGAAAUAAAAGACGAUUCUUUCAGUGGUCCACAACCUGUCAGAACCAACGGAAGGCUGGAUAUUGUGCAAUAUAAACAAUAAAUGUUAAUGAUAAGGGUUAAUGGAAUUUAACUCGUUUUUAACUUUUGGAUACUGAUAGACUGAUAAUGGAUUUAUCAAUCUAACUCUAGAUAGAUGGUGAAGAAUACUGUUGUCAGAGACAAUGAAAAAUAAAAUAGGCAAACAAUAAAAGAAUAUAUAAGAAA